AUGGUAAGCCCAUCGGACCACGGUGCGCGCAUCGUAGUGGAUGUCGUUGCGGUCGCCCUGUGGAUCUCUGGAGUCACCGAUGGCGAGUGGACCCGCGUGUUCGAAUUGGGGGCGGCUCGCCAGGCCCAGAAAAGCACCCCCCAUGGACGUGUCCUCCAAGAAACAACCCCGUACCCGACCGUGGCCACGUAUGAAAAGCUCGUACGUGGGGUGAUCGCCAAGAUUCAAACCGCCGACUUGAAGCGUUCCCUAGAGAGCUUUGUGAACAAGUUUGCGAACCGCAUUUUCAACACGGCCGAAGGCGCGCAGUCGUGCGGGUGGAUCUACGAUCAAGUUGUCGAGGUGAUUGCCAAGGCGGCGACCAACCCCAACGUUAAAGUCACCGUGCGACAGUUCACCCACAAGUGGAAACAGUACUCUGUGAUUGCCCGCAUGCUCAUCGCGACCUACGUGGGCCUCCCCGUGUCCCGUUCAGUGUGCGGCUACUACUGCUCGGACCAUUUCGCGUGGAACGUGACGGGGUACCCCUCAUCGUAUCCGUUUGAAACCGAGUUGAAGGACAAAAACCCAUACAUGCACUCCCAAAACGACACGAUCGCCACCAUCGAUUUUAACCAUAUGGCCGAUUUCACCAAGCUCUCGAUUGCGUACGUUGUUGAGCUGACUCAAUGA